CCUUCCAAUGAGCAGGAUCAGGGUGUGGGGAUGUGAGGGACAGUCAAUCGCAAGGCAGACCUAGUGUGCGUUCACCGACAAAUGACAUUAUUCGCUGGGUUCAGUCACACUCGAAUGCUUGGAAAAAGUUAGUCAACUCUCAACUGGCAGUUUCAACAAGGUUGGACAUGACAAACAGCAGGUACUGAGCCGUUGUGACGAGGCUGUGGCGUACAGGGGCUGCGAAACGGGAUAAAGUAUGUCUCAGAAACUAAAGGCACUCUUCCAUCGGAAGCAGAAAGAGCCCAUCAAAGAGGAGAUCUUGCCCGAGCAGCCUAAUGGUGAGAUUGUGAACACUGGUGGAGGUGUAGUCUAUUACUAUUAUGAGGAGGAGGAAGAAGAGGAAGACGAAGAACAGGAGCCUCCUCCCCCAGAGCCACCCAAGCCUGUCAAUGACAAACCCCACAAGUUCAAGGACCACUAUUUGAAGAAGCCAAAGUUCUGCGAUGUCUGUGCACGAAUGAUUGUCCUGAACAACAAAUUCGGCUUAAGGUGCAAAAAUUGCAAAACGAACAUCCACCAUCACUGCCAGUCUUAUGUGGAGUUUCAAAGAUGUUUUGGCAAGAUUCCCCCUGGCUUUCGAAGAGCAUACAGCUCACCUCUCUACAGUAACCAGCAGUUUGCCUGUAUCAAGGAACUUCUCCCUUUCUCUGUGGCAAACCGCUCAGACCCAGUCUAUGAAACACUUCGAACGGGAGUCGUGAUGGCAAACCGUGAGAGGAAAAAGAACUCUGAGGAUAAGAAAAAUCCUGCGCAAAUGGUUGAUGAAGAACUUGAUAAUCCCAAGCCUGGGGAAGAACACGGGUCAGGAGGUGGUGAAGCAGCAGACAAAAAAGACAAGAGUAAUCCAGAUGAGGGCAAGAGCAAGAAGCUGCAGCCUGGUAUGCGAGGCGGCUUCGCACAGACUCACUACUUUGUCGCUUUGUACAGAUACAAAGCUCAGGAGAAAGAUGACCUGGAUUUCCAUGCGGGUGAUCGGGUGACUGUCUUCGACGACUCCAAUGAGGAAUGGUGGAAGGGCCGAAUCGGAGAGAAGUCUGGCUACUUCCCAGCUAACUAUAUCAUCAGAGUGCGUGCAGGAGAACGCGUUUAUAAAGUUACUCGCUCAUUUGUCGGCAAUAAGGAAAUGGGUCAGAUUACCCUGAAGAAAGAUCAGAUUGUGGUGCAGAAAGGGGAGGAGGUGAAUGGCUACAUUAAAGUUUUCACUGGCAGGAAGGUGGGAAUGUUCCCCGUUGACUUCCUCGAAGAGAUCUGAGCGCCGGCAGGAAUUUGAAAGAAGGGUCCUUGAGGCGGCCGUUCCGAACCCUGUACUGAGCAGCGCUGCGUCCGAGCCAGCUGCAAGGAAUCUUCGAGACAGAACAAAAAUGGAGGGCUGUUGCUAUGGCGACCUCAGUGUACUUUGACGUGUUAGGAUGAGAAACAGAUUUAGCUGAAUUUCUUUCUGUACUAAAGGAAGCACACGCUCGCCCAGCUUGCAUGAGAGUUCCUCAUUUUGAAUUUUUGUUUUGCUUUAGUGGGGAGAUUUGGAAGAAGAUACAAAUGGCGAGUGCAUCUUUGCAUCGUCUGUGCCCGUGACCCAGUCGAGCCAAACUAUUAAACAACAGGUGACAAUAAGGUUGGCAUAUGCCAGAGUUUGGACUGGAAUGAGGGCAGGAGUCUUGAUACACAGCCAGUUGGCUGGGCUUUAAUGGCAAUGCAGAGUUUGAAUAGCCCUUUCUCUAUCCAAAAUUCUUCAUUCCCAUCCAGAAAGUCAUGGACAACAGUUGGGGGGGCUGGGGUGGGGGUGGUGCCUUCCAGCCCUGAGACUGAUGCUUUGGUAGCUGUAGUCACAGGGAGGCAUGUGUGGGGCUGUUUCACACUGAACAAACUGGUUCGACGGUGUAUUUUGUGCAGCUUCAGCAGAGGCUGUCGAUCAAAUGACACACCAAAGGAAAUGGAUCCCAAUAUACAACUCGGCUCAGCAUUUGCCUUUGUGAGGGACUUCUGUAAGGAGGGAAUUGGAGGCUUUGGGAAUAGAAGGGAGGAGGAAUGUGGUGACUCAGGAUUGUUCCUGGAGAUUUAUGUGUCAGUUGGGAAUUGGGGUUGGGUGGGAUGGUAGGGGCAGUAUAAUCAUGGGAAACAGCGUUCAAUACUUAUACUGCCAUGAGACAGCUCACAAUUGUUUCGCAUUUGUGUCUUUGUACCCCUAUUUAUAACUGGCUGCUGCCAGGCUUCCAGUUUUGCUGUGAUCGUAGGUUUAUUUAUAGUUGUUUGCGUUAAUCUCUUUUACAUUGUCUUUUCCCCAUUUAAACGUUUGCUACCACUGAGUUUGGCUUACAUUGAGGUAUUUUUCACCUCCUCCUUCUGAUUGACUUCAAUAAAAUCUCCUCACUUUCUUUCAAA